AUGCGCAUCAGAUACAAAGCAACUAUGGCGGAAGGAUCGAGAGAUGAUAUUUUAUCCAUUUUUCAGGAAAUCACCAGAAUAGAGAAUUUUAAUUUGUGUAUUGAAAUACUUGAACAACAUGAUUGGAACCUUCAGGAGGCUGUCCAGAAUGCCAUCCCACCUGAAGUCUGUUCACCAUCUGCUGAUAUCCUUCCGGGUGGCCCUACCACACAAAAUAGUAAUGAAGCCAGUCCAUCUCUACCAUCAUCAUCACCGUUUGAAAAUGCUAGCUUAGCAUUAGACUAUCCUGUUGAAACAAAGCAUUUGCCUCGUAUGUUAACGUUCAAUGUUGAAUAUGAGAGCAGGACAAUCAGUUUAUCUUUACCCGAUACAGACACUGUUGGCUCUAUUAAAGAUGAAUUAAGUCGGCGUUUGAGUAUACCUGUCUCUGACCAGGAAUUGAAAGGCUGGAGUUCAAGCAAAGUAGAUGACAAGAAGCCCUUAAAAGAUUUACACUUGUCAACAGAAACAAAAUUAAAGUUGCACAAUACAAAAAGUAAAUUUGGUCCACCUGUAGUCAAACCCAAAUAUUCAAAUGCAGCUGCUGAAAGUUCCUCUUCCACCUCCCUAAAAUGCAGUACCUCGGCUGAUGCAAAACUUGCAGGAAAUUCUAAUUCACAAAAGGACAAGAUGGAAAUAGCUGAUGAAGAUGAUGAUGAUCUGGUUGAUGAUUAUGAUGAUGAUGAUAUGAUUCCUGACAGCAUGAUUGAAGAUGAUAUAUGGACACCUUCAAAGCCUAAAUGUGGACCAUUAAUGCCAGAAGACUUUACGGAUGAAUGUGAAGCUCAACAACAAUUUACGCGUGGUUUUAUUGAUCGAUUUGGAGAAUGCCAUCCAGCAUUUUACAUUGGUACCCUUGAUGAUGCUGUGAAGGAUUCUUUGAUGUUGAGAGCAAAAGAAAGAAAACCAUUGGCUGUUUACUUACAUGAUGAUAACAAUAUUGUUACCAAUGUAUUUUGUUCAAAAAUGUUGUGCUCUGAGGAAAUAGUCAACUACCUCACUGAAAACUUUUUUGUCUGGGCAUGGGAUAUGACCAAUGACAAAAACAAAGCUAGAUUGUUGACAAUGGCAACUCGGCAUUUUGGUAUGAUUGCUUCUUCACAGAUCAAGAGUUAUAUACCCAAUAAAUUACCUUUAUUAUUGAUUAUAAGCCGGGCCAGAUCCACCAAUGAAGUUUCUACUGUGAUACAAGGUUGUAUAAAUUUGGACGAACUCAUGUCUAGUUUAAUAACUGCUUUUGAAUUAUUCCAAGACCAACAAAGGCAAGAUGUUAUGGAGGAGGAGGAACGAGAACGCCGGGAACUGAUAAAACGUGAACAAGAUGAAGCUUAUGAAGCUUCUCUUGUAGCUGAUAGGUUAAAGGAGGAGCGCUUACAGCAAGAAAUAGAAUUUGAAAAAAUUGCCCAACAAAAAAGAGAAGAGGAAGAACUUGCCCGAUUAGAAUCUGAAAGGAAUAAAGCACAAAUGCGUGAAAAUAUAGCCAAGGAGCUUCCUGCUGAGCCAGCCGAGAACAUAAAAGGCGUUGUCCAGAUACGGCUACACUUGCCUUCUGGAAAUAUUGUCACCCGAAGAUUUUAUGGUCAAGAACCAUUGCGGUAUCUUUUUCAGUUUCUCACUUCUAAGGGCUACCCAACAGAUGAAUUUAAAGUUUUGUCAAGGUAUCCACAGCAAGAUGUAAGUAUAUAUUAA